AUGUCUCAGGGAAGAAUGGCCUCAGGCAAUGGCUCUUCAGUGACUGAGUUUGUCCUGCUGGGUUUAACACAACAGCCAGAGCUCCAGCUGCCUCUCUUCUUCCUCUUCUUAGGAAUCUAUGUGGUAUCCACGCUGGGGAACCUGGGCUUGAUUGUUCUGAUUGGUCUGAAUCCUCCCCUGCACACUCCCAUGUACUACUUUCUCUUCCACCUUUCCUUUGUGGAUCUCUGCUACUCCUCUGUCAUAACUCCUCGACUGCUGAUGAGUUUUGUAAAUCAAAACAUCAUCCCUUAUGAUGAGUGCAUGGCUCAGCUCUUUUUCUUUGCCUUCUUUGUAAUUGAUGAGUGCUACAUUUUGACAUCCAUGGCCUAUGACAGAUACGUGGCCAUCUGUAAGCCCCUGCUUUACCAGGUCAUCAUGUCCCAUCAGGUCUGCCUCAUGAUGGCAGUGGGUGUGUAUGCAAUGGGUUUCGUGGGUUCCAUGGCCCAUGUAGUUUGUAUGCUGAGACUCACAUUCUGUGACAGCAAUGUCAUCAAUCAUUACAUGUGUGACAUACCUCCUCUCCUGCAGCUCUCUUGCACAAGUACUUCCAUCAAUGAGAUGGUGGUUUUCAUUGUGGUGGGUGUCAAUAUAAUAUUGCCCAGUCUCACCAUCGUCAUUUCUUAUACCUUGAUCUUAUCCAAUAUCUCCAUCCAUUCUACAGGGGGCAGGUCCAAAGCCUUCAGUACCUGUAGCUCUCACAUCAUUGCUGUUUCUCUUUUCUUUGGGGCAUCAGCAUUCAUGUAUCUUAAACCUUCUUCUGGAUCUGUUGGUCGAGAUAAAGUAUCCACAGUUUUUUAUACCAUUGUGGGACCAAUGAUGAACCCUUUUAUCUACAGUCUGAAAAACAAAGAUGUCCACGCUGCACUGAGAAAGACUUUGAAGAAAAGAAUACUCUCCUAA